GGGCGAGGGGGCGUGAGCGCACCCGGCGCGCGGUCGCGCGUACCUGGCGGGCGCCUCCCCCCACCCCGCCGCGGCCGCUCGUGGGGGUGGGCGCGGGGGAGCGCUCUGGCGGCCGCUAUCCCGGCUCCGAGGGGGCGGGCCGCCGGCGGGGCUCCCCCGCCAACUUGGGCGGGGAGGAAGGCGGAGGCGUCAGUGGGCACCUUUCCGAGGUGCUGCGUGCACGCUGGAAGACUGCCUGGUGUCACGUUGGGGACGGGCGGACGGUGGCUGGGCCGGGCGGCCCGGAACUGAAGACCAUUCAGGUGGCAGCCCAGCCAGAGGUCCCGUAGUGCUUCGGGGUGGACCCCCAAAUCGCAGCCCCGCCCCCACAACCUGGGCGUCAGAGUGACAGUUGGUGCCUCCCGGCCUGAUCGCAGCGGGCCAGGCGCCCGUGGCUUUGGGAUUCCCUUCAGCACGGCCCCUCGAUGACCCCUAACGGCCUAACAGGGUGAAGGCAGCAUGAGUGGUGUCCGCGGGCAAACUUAGCCAUUUGAUUUCAUUUAGGAGACAGCCACCCACUUGGAAGGUUAAAGGGACUGCAGCUUAUUCAGAAAGAGAUCUGGAGCAAGGUUGGCAGUGCAUAUGCGCCAGGAUCCUUAGAGGUGCCCCAUCAAUUCCAAGUUGGAGACUUGGUUUAUGUACGGCGACACCGUACUCAGAAUUUGGAACCCCGGUGGAAAGGUCCUUACUGCAUCCUGCUCACCACCCCAACGGCUGUGAAGGUAGAAGGCAUCGCUGCUUGGAUCCACGCAUCACACAUCAAACCCGCUCCAGAGGACUCCACUUCUGACUGGAGAAUCCAACCAACCCAGUGACAAUCCCUUAAAACUUAAGCUUGUUAAAAAUGCUGGCUGUGAGUGAUAUCCACAAACUGCUGGUGCUUUUGGCUCUGUUAAGCACUUGCAAUACUUGCUUGGGCUCCAGUCCUCACCAGCCCAAACUUUUGACUUGGGAAGUAACUAAUCAGAGACAUAUUAUAAUUUGGUCUGUAUCAAAGAUAGCCCCACCCUUCACAUGGUGGCCGGACUUGUACCCUGACCUCUGCAAAAUGGCUUUAGGAGCACCUGCAAACUGGGAUUUGCAAAGCCACCUAGACCCCAACGUGGUUCCUGGGGACUCUAGACGUGGGUCUUUCAGUGAGAGAAGGGGCUUAGAUCCCUGGGGGGGCUGCGGGACCACCAACCACCGCAGUAUGCUGCGAGUCCUAACCUUUUAUGUAUGUCCAGGACCCCACCAGCAACCUAAAUUAGUAAACAAAUGUGGGGGGAGAAAUGACUUCUACUGCAAAAAUUGGGGGUGUGAAACCACUGGUGAUACUUACUGGAAGCCUACCUCCAGUUGGGAUUACAUUAUUGUUAAAGCUAAUUACAGUCAUGCCGAGCCCCCAGAUCGGGGACCAAACAAUAGGUGGACUAAUCAGCCAAUAUGUACCACCUGGUGCCACCCCCUGCUAAUCCAGUUCACGGACUCAGGAAAACGGAUUUCAACUAACUGGUUGACAGGGUUCACUUGGGGCCUACGAAUAUAUAAGGAAAGAUAUGAUGAUGGGUUACUUUUCACCAUCAAACUGAAGAUAACAACCCCAUCUGCUGAAGUAGAGCCAAAUAAAGCUGGCCCUCGUCUGGUUCCCCCAGUAAAAUCAGACCCCCAGACUAUGGCUCCACGUCCAGUAACCCCCUCUCCUAACUCAAAAAUAGGUAAAGAUUCUUCCCCUAAGCUUCCUGGACCAUACAUUACUUCCCUAGCACAGGGAGCCUUCCAGGCCCUAAAUAACACCAACCCGAAGGUUACUGAGUCUUGUUGGUUAUGCUUUGGGAUUGCUCCCCCAUAUUAUGAAGGAAUUGCCUUUACAGAUGAGAUAAGUAACACCCAAGAGGCGACAGCCUGCCGUUGGACGCAAAGGGAGGCUAGACUUUCCCUGUCUGCCGUUUCAGGGCAAGGACUCUGUGUAGGUAAAAUCCCCCCCAGUCAUCAGUUUUUAUGCAACCAAACCUAUAAUGUUACAGGCCUGUCAGGGUAUCUCAUACCACCGACAAAUGGAUGGUGGGCCUGUGCGACAGGAAUUACUACUUGUGUCAGUACUCAGGUGCUUGUCAAUUCGUCUGACUACUGUGUCCUGGUCCAGGUAAUCCCUCGCGUUACCUAUCACCCGUAUGAAGAGCCCUUUCAAUACUGGGACUCUGUGGGGGAACCACUGAUACGAACAAAAAGAGAUCUGGGAAUUUCCCUAGCUAUAAUGCUUGGGAUCGGAUUAGGAACAGCAGGGACUGCAGCUGGAGGGUCAGCCAUAGCCCUCCGGCAUAGCGGGUUAAAUGAGCUUAGGGCGGCUGUUGAUGAGGACAUAGAAAGAUUAGAAAACACAAUUAGAGAGCUCAAAGAUUCCUUACAGUCAUUAUCAGAGAUGGUGUUACAGAAUAGAAGGGGCUUAGAUUUAUUGUUUCUGCAACAAGGAGGUUUAUGCGCUGCCCUAAAAGAAGAAUGUUGUUUCUAUGUUGACCAUACUGGAGUUGUCACUGAGACCCUAGAUAAGGUCAAAGAAGGCUUAGAAAAGAGAAAGCGAGAACGAGCCCAAAGCCUAGGGUGGUUUGAAGGAUGGUUUAAUUCCUCUCCAUGGAUGACCACUCUAAUCUCCACCUUGCUCGGCCCUUUGCUAAUUAUUCUCUUGAUUGUAACCUUUGGUCCCUGCAUUUUUAACAAGCUGCUUAACUUCAUGAGAAGAACGGAUUAGUACCAUUCAGGUCCUUAUGCUUCAACAGCAGUAUCAGCAAUUAGAUGUGCAGGCUGAAUCUAGCCUGUAAUUUUAGGGAUAAAAUUAUGUCAAAGAAAAAGGGGGGAAAUGAGAAAUGAGACCAUCCCAGACUAGAAAGAAAAACAACUGGACCUUGAAUAAGGGCCAGCUUAGAAAGAAAAACAGUUAGACAAUUAGGGCUACUAAACCUUGAGUAGAGGCCAGACCAGAUGGCCCUCCUCAGAGGACAGGGUGAGCCUAUUUUAAGAUAAGAAACCCAGGGCAGGGAGGACUGCCCUUGGAAGAAGCUGUAAGCUGCCAGCUGCAAAACCGCUAUCUUUCUGCUGACUAGUCAAUGUAAAGAUACAUGUGUGGCCUGAUUUUUAGGUAUACAAACUCUGUGUUUUGUAUGCUUGGGGUCAUCUCCUGCUUUGAAGGGGCGACCUCCAUCGUGAUCUGAAUAAACUACCUCUUGCUUUU